AUGACCCCAAAAUACCGCUCCUGAGCUUCAAAUUACCCAGCGAGCUACCCACCUAGCCCCUCACGAUUGAAUGGGAUCAGCUCGUAUCGCUUGGCAGACAAAGCUAUAAGACGGCCAUAUAGAAGGUCAACUUUCUAAACAUUAGUGAACGUUCUUUUCACUCCACAGCAACGAGAACAUUUCUACAAUGGGUCUGUUUCUUGGAGACAGAACAUCCGGAAACGGAUGGAUAUAUCAUGGAGAUAGUAACUGUUACGAUACCAGUCCUGCUAAUGCCAGCGAUAUUUACCUCUUUGGUACAACCCAGGGCCCGUCAUGUCCGAAUGUUAGCGUGAAUCCAACGUUGACGGCUUUGGUCGUCGUAGACAUGCAGAACUUCUUCUUGCAUCCACGGUGCAAUGAUUUUGCCGAGGGUCUUACGGCGGCUGAGCGUAUUCUUGAAGUCGUCGCGAAGUGCAGAGAGCUCGGGAUUCAGAUUAUUUGGUUAAAUUGGGGCUUGACAGAAUCAGAUCUCUCCAGCAUGCCUCCUGCUGUUCAUCGGGGUUUCUCUGGUCAACUAAUUGACAGCGAGCGGACUGGCGAAGUGCCAAACAAGCAAGGCCAGUCACGAUGUGGUUUAGGCUCAAACAUGGGCUCUGGACGAGGCAGACUCCUAAUGGCCAACUCCUGGAACGCGGAGCUCUACGAAUCUCUUCUCGAUGCUAGUGACAAGAACAAGGAUAUCUUCUGCGACAAGAACCGGAUGUCGGGCAUGUGGUCAGACGACGCGAAGUUGUGUGACACAGUCAAACCCUUUACAACUCUCCUGUUCGCCGGUGUCAAUUCAGACCAGUGCGUCUUGGGUACGCUCGUUGAUGCGUACAAUCGCGGAUAUACCUGUGUGAUGCUAGAGGAUUGUUGUGCUACGAAGACACCAGGUGGACAAGAAGUCACUACUUGGAAUGUAGCCAAAGCGUACGGGUUUGUGACGGAUAGCAAAAACUUCUGUGACGGAGGUGAACUAAGGCGAUAAUAAUGAGAUCGUUAACUCUUG